CUUAAAUUCGGGGAAAAACACUAUAAACAGCGGCUGUCAGCUGUCAGUAUUAUUAUCCUGGAACUGAGUAUAAUAGAGUGAAUGUAAAUAAAUAAUAAUUGCUUUAAAUAAUUUAACGCGAUUAAACUAUUAUUAGAUAGGUCAAGUCGUCUACAAUAAAAAGCGCAAAUGUGAAUUCUGCAUAAAACCCCAAGGAGAAAAAUCAAUACCGAGAGAUAAAUUUUGUUGUGCAAUAUAUCGUUCCUAGGGCUUCGUUGUUAAAUCUAUAGAAUAUUGUGAAGAAAAAGGAAUAAUUUCGACUAUAAUAUUAUCUCGCGAGUGAUUAUAAUCGCAGUUAAAAAAAAAUUAUAAUUAUGAAGAAUGGUAGCAGAUUGUUAAGAUCAUUAUUAAAAGUAUCGGAGAAAGCGGCGAAUAUUGCCCGAGCAUGUAGACAGAAUGAAUCACUUUUUGAAUUAUUAAUUCAAGAGAAAACAAGUCAGGAAAAGAAUCCUCGUUUUUUUCAAGAUUUUAAAACACUUGCCGAUGUUCUCAUUCAGGAAACAAUAAGACAUGAUAUUGGCAUUGAGUUUCCAGAACUUGCAAAGAUGAUAAAAGGCGAGGAGAAUAAUACAUUCAGCAAUACUUUGGGCGAAACAAUAACAGUUGAAGUUUGUCCUACUUUAGCAGAAACAACGGAAUUAUUAGCAAAAGUAUUAGAUAACGAUGAUAGAACGGCUCAUUUAUUAUCGACAGAAGUUCAUCGUGAUGUUGUUUUAACUGAUGUACCUAUUAAUAUAAUCGAUGUACCAACUGAUUUUGAAAUUGCUAUCGACGAUCUCAGCAUAUGGGUGGAUCCAAUUGACAACACUGCUGAUUACAUUAAUGGAAAUGAAUCUAUAGAUCAAGAGUCAGGUUUGCAUUUAACUGGUUUACACUGCGUUACCGUUUUGAUUGGAGCUUAUUUACAAAGCACAGGUUUACCCGUUAUGGGUGUUGUCAAUCAACCAUUCUAUGAAAAGCGAGAUUUACUAUGGAAGGGAUCUUGUUAUUGGGGAUUAUUCGACAAUGGUAUUAAAAAUUGUUCAAUUAAAAAAGAAGAUGAUGACGAUGACAAUGAAGAUAAUAAUCUCGAGGAAAAUUCAAAAUGUAAAGUUUUAUUGAGUCGUUUUGAGAGUCAUGAAAUGAAAACGAGACUCAUUGAAAAAGGUUUCACACCAAUAGAAGCUGCUGGUGCUGGCUAUAAAAUAUUGAGCGUUGCUACUGGACAAGUGGAUGCGUAUAUUUUAACGAAAGGCACAACAUAUCGUUGGGACACUUGUGGUCCACAGGCGAUAUUACGUUCUCUAGGCGGUGGUAUUAUUGAUUUUCAAAAUUGUCAAGCUAAGCCAAAUUCAAUACUUGUGGAUAUUAAUUAUGCAAAUUCUGAAAUAAGUAACAAAGGCGGUUUAAUAGCUUACAGGGAUUCGAAAACAUUGAGCAAUCUAUGUGCAGCAUUAUUCCAGUAGAUAAAAAAGAAAAUUUAUUUCGUAAUUAAAAAUAUUUUAUUUAUAUUUUUAUUCAACUUUUUUUUAAAUUUAAUUUUAGUUUUUUAAUUUCAAUUAAUUAAUUUCAAUAAUUC